GCUGUGCUGGCUGCAGGAGAGAAGCGAAAGGUCUUUCCAGCCGGGUAGUCAGUCGGGCAUUGUCAGUGACGAAUUCAGGCAAUCGGCGCUGCGCUCUCACUGCCGCCGCGUCGUUGCUCGUGGGUGAUACAUUGCCUAACUGUGUGUCUCGGCUUAACAAGUUUCAAAAGAAGAUUCCGCCAGCCAGCCUGCCGCUCAUCCCUCGUGCUCGGGAAAAGCCACACUUUUCACUGGAUCAAGUGAAUGAAGGGCCUCUCGGCAUUAUCAGCCGGCGAAGACGAACCCUUCUGAAUCUUCGCAAUCAGCAUCAGCAGCGCGAGCGAAAUGGGCGGCGAAAACAGACUGCUGCGCCUUCUGCUGCUGCUUUUUUCCUUUUCGCAAGCGAGCAACGGCUUGCGGGACCUGGAGAUAAAAGUGCCGGAGGCCGUUCGUCGGGGCAGCAGCGUGGAGUUGACCUGCGACUACGACUUGGAAGGCGCCCUCCUCUACUCGAUCAAAUGGUAUAAGGACGACCAAGAGUUUUUCAACUUCGUCGCUAAAGAGGCUCCGCCCACCAGGGUCUUCCCGGUCCCCGGAGUUUCGGUCGAUGAGUUCCAGUCUGGCAAUAAAUCGGUGAUGCUGAGGAACGUGCAGCGCGAACUAACCGGCAUCUACAAGUGCGAGGUUUCCGGCGACCAGCCCACCUUCCACACCGACGUCAAAACUGCCCCAAUGCUGGUCGUUGACGUGCCACAGGAAACGCCUCGAAUCGAAAUCGAAAAGAACCGCUUCAAGUUGGACGAGCCGAUUGUAGCCAACUGCAGCUCAGCGCUCUCCUACCCGGCAGCAAACAUCACUUGGUUCGUCAACGGCCUGCAGAUCGCUCCGCGGCGCUCGUGGAUAAAAGAGGAAGGCGCCGGACUGGAGACGGCAAUUUCCGAAAUGCGAAUCUACCGGCCGAUUUUCACCGAGGGAAAACUCAAUCUACGAUGUGUGGCCAGUCUUUUCAACUUGUACCGCAGGAUCGCCGAGCUUGUCGUCCAGCAGUCCGACCAGGAAACUUCGCCGUGGCCACCUGCGUCUGUCAGGCACAGCGACUCGGCCAGCGCCGCAGGACGAGGAGGCUCUCUCGCGGUGGCAGCUCUCUUGGCCGCCAUAAUCUCCAUCAUCAGGUAAUUGAUGAGGCUGGCAGGCUGCUAAAUUAGUUAAGCGCUUUUUGCAACCGAACCGAGAGAAGAAGAGGCGGCAGAAGAAAAAGGCUAGACGGACAGCGAAGAAAGAAGUAAGACGGACAGCUCGCCGGUCCGUCUAUUGAUUCCGAGGUUGCUAAUGACAGGAAGAGCUGGCGGACGUGGGUUAAAAUGGAUUAAUGUUGUUGUUAGUGGUGAGGUGAAGUGGAAAAAAGGUGCUAAUUGAGACAGCAACACGCGCGGCGCGCUGGCCCGCCGUAGACAUUUUUAAUUGAACGUGGCAGGCAGGCAGUGCGAGCGCAGUGAGUUUCGCAGAGAGGCAGAGAGUCAGUCAGUGUUCCGCGUGGCUAAAUUCCGUGUGUUAUUUCUCUGCGUAAUGAGAAUUUCCGCAGCUCUCAUAUUCGGUGUGCCCUCUGUACGCCCCCCUUUGAAGUAGCAAGGUCCUCCUCGGCAGUGAACCAGCCAAGGUGUGGGACGCGGAAAAUUAGUUGAUUCGCCUGCUCCCCCGCACCCCCCGGCUGCCCCUCCGGUGUAGAGCGUGGAGAUGUUCAUCGUCGCUUCUUCUGAUUAUAAUUGGAUUCUUAAUUGGAGCAAGAUUUUAACAAGACUGUGAUGUGCCGGCAGCUGGAAAAAGCACCAGCUCGUGUUUUCUGCCACUGCUGCUGUUCUCCCCAAUCGAAAAAUGUUUGUGCGCGCAUCUUUUGCGUUCUCGUUAUCUGGCUUGAUGACGACGGCGCGAAAGAAAAGCGAGAUGCUCGAGUGCUAUAUUGCCGGCGCGCACGAUUCAGGGCGGAAACCGUGUUUCUCUGUGCGCGCUCGAUCUCUCACGAACUCACAUUUUGCUAGAGUGGCUACAAAAUCGGCUGCGCAGCCGAGACACUCGACCCGGGUGUCUUAAUAUCACCCUUUAAUACAUGUGCCAAUUUCUUGAGCUCAGUCAGUCCGUAGUUUCGCAAGCGGAGCCUAUUCCACGCAGAAUCGCUUUUUGGUUCUUGACCAUUCCAUUGUAGGUGGCGGAGGGAAUGCAGUCAAUUCCUGACGUUUUAAAAUUUUGCCAAUAAUCCUUAUGUGUGUAUAGCUUGAAAGAAAAUUUGAGUCUACUAAAAUUGAAGAAAAUAAUUUUUACCUAUUAAGAAAGGAGAUGACAAUCUUGCAGUAUUAACAUGCUCCAAAAACUGAUAGCGCAAUUUGCUUGUUAGCGAUGAUCCACAUUAUUUAUUAUAUAACAAUAACACUGCUAGAACAUUUUGUAAGCAAGAAGGGCCAUUAUUUCCCGUGUCCACGGGGGCUUUUCAAGCAUUUCCGGAAUUUUAAAAUCUGUAAUAAUUUCCAAAAUGUGAUAAACCUGCAAAUUAUGUGAAAUGUGUAAGUUUUUGGCACAUAUUGACUGCAUUCCUCUUCCAAACUGGUUCCGUUUUGAAUUGAAAUGUUUAAAUCGAAAGCCAAGUGAAACUCCGUUUGUAAAGAUAAAACCAUGAACACUUCUUGUAAACUCGCAAUUUCGCCAAAAAAGUCGUCUCUUUAAAUGGUAACGCAUAAACUGGUAUACUUGAAAAAUAAAUGUUCAGAGAUGGAAAUUUCCAAUCACCAAGUUUCAUUACUUUUAGCGCUGAAAUCAUUACAAACGUAUUCGCCAUCGGUGUAAUCAUCUGGUGCUUCGAGUUUCCAAUUCGAGUCUAGUUUACCAGCAAUUUUAGCCACUCUACGCAUUGCCACACCCUCACACUCGUAUUACAGGUCAUCAAUCAACAGGGUACCGUGUCGAAAUGUAUACAAACUCUCUCUCUCUCUCUCACACACACACACACAUACACGCAGCAUUUUGCUUGUCCACUGUAAAUUUGCCAACCACUCUCUGCGGCCAUGUUUGUGCAGCAUCGCACUUGGCAAUAGUGUUAAUUAACCAUUUAUAAUUCAAUUAAGUCCCGAUAGGGCUGGACGAAAAUCAAUCUUCAUGCUUGCUCGUUUUGUGUUUCUACGAACGCAUUUUUGUAGAAAACGGCGGAGAAAGGAAAUGAUGUUAGAGCUGCUAAGAAGCACAAUAUAUUAAUAAUCAGCAAGAGCUUGUUCGUUUAUCAACAGCA